AUGACAAGGAUGACUGUGUAUAAUCAACUGCUUUAUGCUUUGAUUGUUUUUUUCCUCUGUACAACAAUCCCAAUCGAGAGUCGUCACCGUGACAGAGAUCGGAAGAAACAGAGAGAACCAUCUUCUCUACCAUCGCAACAGCAUCAUAUAAUCGAAUCAAAAGCAAUGCCAAUAAAUCUCUGCUCUAAAGGACGUGACAUGAAGUUGGUGUGUCAUUGUUCGCCAGAUAAUGAGCAUGAAAAAGCACAAAAGUCGGAAUGCUGGAUUUUCCGUUCCGAUUUAACUCUUCAUGAUUUGGAUUGGACUACGUUUCACACGCAAUCUCAAUUACAAAAUCUUGGAUUUUCCGUACACGGGACUGGAAACUUGUCCUUUAUUCCCACAGAUGUUAUUCAAUCUCUAAAAUUUUUGGAGAAAUUAACAAUUGAAUAUGCUCAAAUCCACGAGAUAUUCGGAUUUGCAUUUGGAAAUUUUACUCGCAUAAGAAAUAUAACAUUGUCAAGAAAUCAAAUCAGAACUGUCAAUGCUUAUGCUUUUGCUAAUCACAUUGAAUUGCAGGAACUGUCGCUGGCGAGUAACGAGAUAAUUGAGAUCGACCCAUUUGCUUUUAUAAAUCUACCUGCACUAAAACGAUUGAAUCUCGCUGAAAAUCAAAUUUCUACCAUACAAGAAGAUACUUUUGAGCACCUCGAUAGACUAAGCGUCCUCAAUUUAAGCUUCAAUUUAAUUGACUAUAUCACUCGCGAAAUUUUUAAGGGCCUUGGAAACCUUUGGAAUUUGUCACUACAUCACAAUAAGUUAAUAGUCAUCGAAGAUGAUUUAUUUAUCGAACUCUUUAGCCUUAGAGAUUUGGAUUUGUCACACAACUUAAUCGAGAGAAUUUCAGAACGAGCAUUCAAUGGACUUGGUAGUUUAGGGCGACUGAAUUUAGAAAAUAAUCGAUUGAGAUCAUUAGAAGUUGCGACGUUUUCGACAGUUCCAAUGUUGACACAUUUAAAUCUCAUGAGGAAUUCAUUAGAAACUAUCACGGUCAGCACGAUUCAACCAUUGAUGAAUAAUCUUGUCAAUCACACGAGUAUGCUAUUGAUGAAAGAGAACAAACUAAUUUGUGACUGUCGAUUGGGAUGGGUUUACGAUUUGAGAAAUCGCACAAAAAGUUUUCAACUGAAAUAUUCAAUGGAGGAAGUCGAAUGCAUCAUGAAUACAAAGAAUCAUCGAAAAGGUGUCAGAGUAAGUGUUAAUGUGGAUGAUUCUACAAGAAAAAAGUAUUCAGAUGACGAUCCGAACUAUUAUGAAGAUGAAAGGAUGGAUGACAAAAAUAUGAGUAAUCUUUUACUUAUCAAAGCAAAUGAUUUGCCAUGUCCGAAGCAAUACAUACAACAGUUUGCACACCCAUCAAAUCAAUAUAUAGGCUUUGAUUUGAGCCAUUGGAUAAGAUCGUCUUCUCCUAAAUUACAAAAUUCUCUACAGUUGAAUCUGAUUUUAGUCUCAUUUUUAAUUCACGCAUUUGCUCGCACAUUUGGCUGCAUUCAAUAA